ACGUGAAGGUCAUGACCGUGAAUUAUAGCACGCACAGAGAACUAGGGGAGGGCGCCAGGAAGUUUGUGUUCUUUAACAACAAAUCUAAUAUAAGAAUCCAUUUUGUACAGAUUGUAAUGUUCAAAAACAUGACUCCGUCACCUGUUCUAAAAUUUUAUUUAGACAGUGGAGAGAAAACCAACACGGAAAUUUUGCAGCACAUUAAGAAUAUAUUGGAAAAGACUGAAGAGACUUUGCAAGUGGAGGAAGAGACAAAGAUGCACAAGUCUAAUCCACCCAACUUUGGGCCACGGAAGUACCACCUUCGAGAGUGCAUGUGUGAGGUGGAGGGGUAG